AAUUCGUCUAAAUCUCCUAAAAAAUGAGUGCCCCGAGUCGUAAAGGGCCCGUAUUUGACCCAGGCCUCUGCCGCUGCUGCGGCUCCAUCAAGAAAUGUCGUCUGUUGAACGUUGAGUACGAAUUUCAGGGUCAAAAGGAAGUGUACGCCGAUAUGUUUAUGGAUUGUUUUGGAUUGAUGCUGUCCCAUCUAGACGGGACGGUGGAGACGGAGCGCCUCGUCUGUGCGACAUGUGUGGGCCGGCUGCGGGACGCCUGCGCCUUCCGCGAGCAGGUGCUACUGUGUGAGGACAGGCUGCUACAGGCCUCCAUACAUGUUCACCAACCUAGCGAUACCAAGGUAGAAAUAGAGCUGAAGCCAGGAGAGGUGAAGGUAGAAAUGGAGGCAUCGGAAGACCCUCCGGAUCCCAACAUUGAGUCGGAGCCGGAUGAGUUGGAUGCAGAUGUUGAUGAUCACUUAUCGGACAUAGACAUCAAAGAAGAAACCGCGAAGCCUCGCAAAGAAAAGAGAAAGAAGGAGAGUGAGCGAGAGGUGCAGAAGCGGUUCCGCUCUCUCGGCAACAAGCUACGCAGGUUGCUAGAGCAGGACGGACCGUGCACUUACGAACCACCCCCACCAGAGAGAGCCCGCCCAAAAUGCAUGGAUCAAGAUGACAAACAAUUCUACAACACCACCACCAUCAUUGAAAACUCCUUUGUGUGUCCUUUCGAGACCUCUUUCAGUGACUACCACUGUGUCUACUGUCGGGAGGUCUUCACGGACCCCAAGGAACUCAGGGAACACACCUUAACUCAUGACCCUAACACGUAUAAAGACCUAGUUAGAAUAAAUAAAAAAAUGCCUCAAAUAGACGUCUUAAGAAUCGACUGCAGGUUGUGCGAAGAGAAAAUUUACGAUAUAGACAAUUUUAAAACUCAUAUAACAAAUCUGCACGGAAAAUACUUGUUUAAAAUCCAAAAUGAGGUUUUACAAUUUAAAUUGACUGUGAGCCAUUUGGUAUGUAUAGUUUGUAAUGAGACUUUUGGGUAUUUUCACGCGCUGAGGAAUCAUAUGGCGGUGCAUUAUGGGAGUUGCAUAUGCGAUGUCUGCGGAGCUCAUUUCUUUGAAGAGAGGCGAUUGACCGAGCAUCAGAAGUCACAUAAUAAGAGACCAGGAGUUAAAUACUCCUGUAAAGAGUGCGGGAAGGAAUUUAAAUCUAAAAAUGGGAGAUACUUACACGUAGCGACUAUGCAUAAGAAGGAACCUACAUACCAAUGUGGGAAAUGCGAAGCGGUUUUCUUCACUUAUGCUCUAAGAUGUCGACAUAGAAUAGAGGUACAUGGGGAAAAAAGGGAAUUCGCUUGUGAUCACUGCGAUAGAUCUUAUGAUAACAGAAAAUCUUGGAGAGAGCAUAACCGGAGAGCUCAUCUGAAGAUAUCUAAGCAUAAGUGUGACAUUUGCGACAGAAUGUUUUACCUGCCUUGUCAGUUGAAGGAGCAUAUGACAACACAUACGGGGGAGAGGAAUUUUAGGUGUGAGUAUUGUGGGAAAUCGUACCCUAGGCUCAGGGCGUUAAGGUUGCAUAUGAAAAGUCACAGUGAUAAUAAGUAUAGGUGUGGUAUAUGUGAUGCGACGUUUACACAGAACGUCAGUUUGAGGAAUCAUGUGAAAAAACAACAUCAGGGCUUGGAUAUGGAGAGUUUGAGGAAUUGAU